CAAUGCGUUUCUAGCCGAUCGAAAAUUAAAUUUGACCUUCUUUGUUGUCAUUUGGUACAUUUCUGAAUACGGCACCGAUCGGUGAACGCUGACUCCGUAUUUCGCUAUUUGGCUUGCAUUAUUCAAAUGUAUCAUCUCUUGCUUUGUUUUGUUUUAUUUAAUUUCCCUCUCGGAUUGAUCUGUAAGCCUCUCUCGUUGACUAACUCUGAAUCUAGGAGAAGCGUUUAUUUCACGGAGGUGUGUGGAUCAAUGUAUCUGGUAAUUUUACACUGCAGAUUUCUGAAUCUUUCGUUUGCUCUGUAGAGUUGUCGGUGUUUUUUCCCCAUCACUUUCGCAUUCAAUGUCCUCUAAUCUACUUGAAUUAAAUAUUAUUGUUGUUUUUAUCAUUUUCCGCGAUUUUCUUUUGUUCUAUUUUGUGUGGGGGAGGUUACCUUAAUACAUCAUUCAACCAAAUUUGUCAAGCUUCAAUGCUUGACAAUCCUCCAAUCCCUCAUUUACUCAUAAUUAUUUUGAACACGCAGUGGACCAAGAUAUUUAAUGUUUUGUUGCAAGUGCUGAAAUAAUUAGUUGAGCCCUUAAAAGUAGAUUACAGUGUCUUUUAUAUGUAUGAUAGCCUUCUGAAUGUUGUAGGUUCAAUUUGCUCUGUGCUUAUUCAACAUGUUUCUUUUUAAACGAAGGGGCUCCCAAAACAAUGGUGCAAUCGAUGAUUCUUCACCGCAGGAUGCGAAGAUCAAUGAACUAAGAGCGGCACUUGGGCAUCUAUCCGGUCAUAGUUUAAAGUACUGUGAUGAUGCAUGCCUUCGGAGAUAUUUGGUAGCUCGGAAUUGGGAUGUUCACAAAUCAAAGAAAAUGCUGGAUGACUCACUCAAAUGGAGGGCAACUUAUAAGCCAGAGGAAAUCAGAUGGCACGAAGUGGCACAUGAAGGUGAAACGGGCAAAUCUUUUAGAGCAAAUUUCUACGAUCGUUUUGGUCGAUCGGUGCUCAUAUCCAGGCCAGGGAUGCAGAAUACAAACUCGCCAGAAGACAAUGUCCGGCAUGUAGUGUAUGUUUUAGAGAACACCAUUAUGAACCUUCGCGAUGGCCAAGAACAGAUAUCGUGGCUGAUAGACUUUACUGGAUUUACAAUAAACACCAACAUCUCUGUCAAAGCAGCACGAGGCAUAAUUAACAUACUGCAGAGCCACUAUCCAGAAAGGCUUGCUAUUUCUUUUCUCUACAAUCCUCCAAGAAUCUUUCAAGCCUUCUGGAAGGCUAUCGAGUACUUUAUUGACUCAAAGACCGCUCAGAAAGUACACUUUCUAUACCCCAACAACCAGGACAGUGUGGAGCUAAUGAAAUCUUUCUUCGACAUGGAAAACCUUCCAAGUGUAUUUGGGGGGAAAGCCACUCUAACUUACGACCAUGAAGAGUUCUCAAAAAUGAUGACAAUAGACGACCUGAAAACCGCCAAGUUUUGGGAGUUCAGCGACAAGCCUUGCCGCCAUAUGAACGGACAUUCAGGCCCAGAGGUGGCACCGGAAGAGCCAAUGCCCAUCUCAGUUUCAUCAGCUUGGAAGGGUCUGUCUCAUUCUUUGGAUCUCUAAUUUGCAUGAACUAAGUUUAGUCCUGUCAUUAUGUUUAGACCCUUUUUUCAGAUCAGAAAUAAGUGAUGAACCAUAAACAGAAGCUUUUGAUCAAAUUUCUCUUUUCAUAGCCAGAAUGGAUGUAAAUUACCUUGAAAUGAUGCAAUAUUGAACCAAUGGGCAGAGAAUAAUGACAGAAAUUCAGAGUUUCUAAUUGGCUAA